UUCUUGAUCGUCCCUCUCUGAAUGCUUCACAUUCUCUCCUCUCCUCCAUCCAGCAGCAUCCUCCAGCUCUCUCCUCUUCCUCCACUGUCAGCAACAAUGACCAGCAUAGUAUCAGCCUAUGCAGACAAGCUCAAGGAGAUGUCCAUGCUGUCUCUACUCUGCUCCUGCUUCUACACACAGCCUCAUCCCAACAGCCUCUAUCAGUAUGGAGACCUGGAGGUGAAGGGUUUGAACAAGCGAGCAUCAGGCCAGUCGUUUGAGGUUAUCCUGAAAGAUCCCCAUCAGUCCGCGGACAAAAGCCAGCACCAGCCACUGUCCUCUCCCCAGAGGAGGGAGAUGUCCCUGGAGGAACUCCAGAAGAGGCUGGAGGCUGCUGAGGAGAGGAGGAAGUCCCAGGAGGCCCUGGUGCUGAAGCAGCUGGCGGAGAAGAGGGAGCACGAGCAGGAGGUUCUCCACAAAGCUCGCGAGGAGAACAACAUCUUUAGUAAGAGGACGGAGGAGAAGCUCAUCCAAAAGAUGGAGGCCACCAAGGAGAACCGGGAGGCCUACCUCAAUGCUCUUAAACAAAGGCUGCGUGAGAAAGAAGUCCACGCUGCUGAAGUGCGCAGGAACAAGGAACUUCAGGCUGAUCUCUCCGGCUGAACACGGUGGAUGUUACUUGUGAAACUCAUUAGUGUGUCAAAGUUCUCCUGUUGUUCUGUACUCACCGACCUCAUCCUACAGUGCACCUUUCAGGACUCAGACUAGUUAAUCAGCACCCAAUAUUGUUACUCAUCUCUUUCAGUUUUGGUAAACCACACACAUUUGGAAGUGCAGAUACAUAUUCUGAUAUUCUCAAGUUGAAGUCAAGUACAACUGAAAUAAAGUCCAAUCCUGAGCCAGA